AUGCGAGAAGCAUACACGUGGCUUGUCAGGGAUCUGGUAUUAUUUCUUCUUUCCAUGGAAGGUGUGAGGUGCCAACACGCCACAGACCACAGAAAGGUCCCCCAGAGGUCUGGGCCCCUGCAAGACUUUAAAGAGGACCCCAGAGGAAUCCAAGGCUCCUGGGGUUCCUGGGGGCCCUGGUCAGCCUGCUCCCUGACAUGUGGAGGUGGCGUCCAACAGCAAAAUAGACCGUGUCUUAGGGUUUCCCCUACCCUGCCUGCAGGCCACGUCAUCUCAGCCUUGAAGCCUUCAUUUUCCAUCUAUCGUGACGGCAGCGAUUACGAGAGGAAGAGAAUCAUGUCUGGUGGCCAUGGGAGGAUCAUCCCAGGGAGGUACGGCUAUGGAAGAGCUCCGUUACAAGGUUCUGGAAGGGUUCAGGAGCUUCACUCUAACAGACAGAGACGCUCCGCCGUCCCCCACUAUGGUAGUAGCUCCAGGUUCCACCAUCUCGAUCAGAGAGGACUGAACACGCAGACCAUCUGGGCGCCACUCUACCACCAGGGCCAGAUGGGUCUUCCCUCAAAUGUGCAGGACUUUGGGACCUACCACCCGCUUCCGGUUUCAUCUUGUACGGGGGAGCACAAUCACCAUAGACUAUGUAACCAUAAGGGUUGUCCCACGUCCAGCAAACACAUAAGAGCUGCCCAGUGUUCCACACACAACGAGAAGCCUUUCAUGGGCAGACUGUACCAAUGGGAGCCUUUUGACGAAGUUGCCGGGAAUCAGCACUGCGAGCUCAACUGUCGGGCCGCCGGCUUCAGGUUCUACGUGCGACUGGCCGACAAAGUGAUUGACGGCACGCCGUGCGCUGCCAACGGUUCUUCUGUGUGUGUGGCGGGAAAGUGCAAGAGUCCGGGCUGCGACGGCAUCCUAGGCUCCGGGAAGGUGAUGGACACGUGCGGAGUGUGCGGCGGAAACAACGCCAGCUGCCGCCUCGUGUCGGGAGUCUUCCGCCACUCCCUGACUAAGAUCGGCUACCACAAAAUCGCAGAGAUCCCGCGGGGAGCCACCAAGAUCAACGUGACUGAGAUGGCCAAGAGUCGCAACUACCUAGCUCUCAAAAGCCGAUCGGGACGGUCGAUCAUCAACGGGAACUGGGCUAUCGACCGGCCGGGCAAGUAUGAGGGCGGGGGCACCAUGUUCACCUACCGCCGACCCAAUGAGAUCAGUAGCACCGCUGGGGAGUCCCUGCUCGCUGAGGGGCCUACUAAUGAGAUCUUGGAUAUUUAUAUGAUCUUCCAGCAACCCAACCCAGGAGUUCACUAUGAAUACAUAGUUGCCUCAGAGACACCCAAGGGUAAACAAUAACAUGACAUUACCCAUAUUCCAAUGCACUUACUCAAACUGAUCACUUUAGGGAACUCCGUGAACGAGCGGCAAACGGGCCACGAUGACUCUCAACGGGAAAACUACGAACCGACCGGGGGUGGGAGGUACCCGCCUCAUCGCCACGACAACCAGGCGCCACGCCGCCAACGGGAAUACAGCUGGAAGAUGGCUGGCACUAGCAAGUGCAGCGCCUCUUGCGGUAAAGGUUUUAGACAUCCAAUCUUCCAUUGCGUCCACCGACUAAACCAGGUCCAGGUUAAGGAAAGUCUGUGUGACAGCAGUAGUAAACCAAUGCAGCAGGAGGAGGCGUGCAACCUGCAGGCCUGCCCUGCCUUCUGGGACAUCGGCGAGUGGUCGGAAUGUAGCAAGACCUGCGGCCUGGGCACGCAACAACGUCAGGUCCUGUGUCGCCAGGCGUACGCCAACCACACUCACAACGUGCACGCCAGCAGCUGCGGACAUCUAGAACGGCCGGAAACCUCCGGCACGUGCCAGACUAAGAUCUGCAGCGAGUGGCAUGUCCGCUCGGAGUGGAGCGCCUGCUCUGUACCGUGCGGUCUUGGCCAGAGGUGGCGGGAGGUCCGAUGCGUGAGCAACGUGGGCGACUUUGUCCCGGACGCGGAGUGUAACAUGAACUUAAGGCCUGCUCAUGUAGAGAACUGUGACAUGGGAGCCUGUGCCAAGAGCUGGUUCUACACAGAUUGGGGCACCAAGUGCUCUGCUGAGUGUGGAACGGGCGUACGUACUCGGGGCGUCUUGUGCCUGACCAAUCACAUCAGUAGUCUUCCUCUCGAGGGCUGCGGUAGCGAGCGGCCCGUGGACUCGCAAACGUGCAACCCCGGUCCUUGUGACAAUGCCAUGGAGUGGUUCACCGGCCCCUGGAGUCAGUGUUCUGCAGAGUGCGGCGCGGGCAGCCAACACCGGGUGGUAGCGUGUCUUACGAGGUCACAAGAUGUGAUGAGCGUGGUGCCCCAGUAUGAAUGUUCAUCGUUGGAAAGACCGCCUAGCCAGCAGAGCUGUAACGUGAAAGCUUGCGGCGCAAAGUGGUACUACACCGACUGGAGCGCUUGCUCCAAAACAUGCGAGGGAGGAUUCCGUGUGCGCGAAGUACGUUGUCUUUCCGAAGACAUGCAAGCUAGCGACAGCUGCGAAGAGCGUCUCAAACCGUCCGAACGAGAAGACUGCAACCCUGAGCCUUGCGUACCUCAAAUAGACGAACACUGCAAAGAUGACUACUACAACUGUAACGUGGUGGUCCAGGCUCGUCUGUGCGUUUACGACUACUACAAAAAGACCUGCUGUGCAUCCUGCUCGCGGCAACCUCACAGAUACACGGUGGCCCACAGGGGGCGGAGUUAA